AUAUGACAUAUGAUAUAUGUACUUGCACUAUAUAUAUCUAUAUUAACCGACUCGAGGAAUCUCUACUCUAUUGAUUAAUCUCUAUCUCUCAACCUCCACAUUCUCUCUCCACCUUUUAUAUACCUCCCCAUCACAUUACAGUCACCCCACCUUCAUCUCAAACUUUCUCCUCUCUCUCUCUCUCUCUCUCUAAAAGUCUCUGUUUCUCUCUCUAGAAAGAAACCAAAACAGAAAAGAUUAUGGGUUCUCGCGGUUUUCAACUUCUCUUUCUACUCUCUCUCUUCACCACCUCAUGCUUAGCACAAGCCCCUGCUGCUUCUCCAAAGGUUUCACCCACCGCCACACCUACUCCGCCGCCGUCAAUUCCUCCUCCUUCUCCUUCUCCUGCUCCUUCUCCUUCUCCUCCUUCUCCGACGCCGGUUACAGCUCCAGUUCCGGCUCCGACCCCGGUGAUUCCCUCGCCGGCACCGACUCCGGUUCACACACCAACGCCGUCGCCGUCGCCCUCCCCCGCCAAGACCCCCUCCAAGGCCCCGUCUCCGGCUCCCAGCGUCGCAUCGCCGCCGGCUCCGCCCGCCCCCACCCCAUCUCCGACGGUGGCGCCCACAUCUAGUACCACGCCACCGACAAGUGGUGCGUCCGCUGUGAGCAGAGUCGCUAUUGCUGGGACUGCACUCACUGGAACAUUCCUUGCCUUGGCUUUCAUGUAGAGACAGAGACGUGUUGGGACGCGUGGAGGCUCAUUGGAUUUAGAUCUGUACUUGUAUGGACGGAUGAGAUUGUUUUCCUCUCUGUUUACCUUUUUAGAAGUUUUAUUUCAACAUUUCUUCUUUUUUCUUUUUCUUUUUCUUUUAAUUUAUUUUUUUGUUUUUUUAAAUCACUGUUGUGUUUUUCUAUGUUAUUGAUCUGUAUCUUGGUUUCACAUAGGGGUGUAUUUGUAUUUGUAUUUGUUGAUGAUUAUUUUGGUGAUACAGGACUCAUGUGUUGACACGUGGAUACCAUAGAUGAGUCCCAUGUACAUGAAAUAAAUGAAUAAAUCAGUUCUUAUUAUGUUUUU